AUGGACAUCAUUUCAAACAGCGAUGCCAUGCGCACUCCGCAGAUGGUGCCGGACGGAGUCGCUGUUGCUGUUGAGGCAGCUGCGCUUCUCGAGACGGUGCUUGCAUACCCAGUGACGUUCACGCUUGACCGCGACAGGGUCCCCAUGCUGCUAGAUGACAAACAACACUGGGUGACGUCGAUGACCGACCAGGAGAUGGUGGUGACGGUACCCUUGACGUUCGUUAUCUGGGAUUUUGCCGUCUCCUCGAUGCGUCACAGAAGGGUGACGUCGAUGCCCGACCAGGAAAUGAUGGUGACAGUACCCUUGACGAUCUUGACAAUCUUGACGACCCAUGUCUCCGUGCGCUCCGUGAGCUUGGUGAUGAUGGCCGGGGCCUCUUCGGUGAUCUUGCCGACCAUCCAGUCCCACCGUCGUCAGACCUACAGGGCGAUUAACAAAACGAAGAGCUGUAACCCGAUUCGAUACCUUCGUGAGAAGAAGAAGAAGAAGAACAACAACAACAAGAAGAAGAAGAAGAACAACAACAAGAAGAAGAAGAAGAAGAAGAAGAAGAAGAACAAGAAGAAGAAGAGACGAGAGUCAGAGGUGGAUGAGGAUUGGAUCUCCCGCGACGGGAGACUGAAUGGAGCAGCAGGCCACGGGCGAGUCGACGACUGCUCACAGAGGGGCCCAGGGUUCUCCAUCAUCCGAUCCGAGUUAUUGUGGCUGUGGUGA